AUGAGGAUAGAGAGGGGGCUCCAAAGCGAACAAUAUCGUGCUACGGCGGAGCCGAUUCGGGAUGUGACAAUUUGGUAUCAGAGCUACUCUACUGUGUGGUGCGAGUGUACCAACGAAGACGUCGGGCCCCUAAGGGGGGUGGGUUGUAACAUCAUACGUCAACCAACAGAGAGGGAGUGA